AGGGACCCACCGUCUACUCUCUUUGCCUGACCCCGAUUUUGACACUGAGGACAACCACGAGUUCCUAGGGCACUACGAAGAAAGCCAAGGGCUGGGGUAUCUAGCCAACGAGAGUUUUAUGGAAGACGUAGCCGAAGAGGCAGAACGGGCGAUUGCAAAUUGGGAGCAGAUCAAGGGAUACAAGGCUACCCCGGAGCAACGCGAGAAAAUCAUAUCGAAAAAGAUCCGGCUUCGUAGCAUGGAGUGGCUGGAGGGCAUCAAGAAUGAGCUACAGGGAAAGGAAACAGUCCCGAUUGCGUGGUUCAAUCGUCUCGUCGCCGAGAAUGAGCGAGUUAUCUGCUUUGUUGCGAAGGCGAUGGGCCGUCAGGCUAAGAGAGAGGAAGCGAUAAAAGCCGACCUUGAGGCUAGAAACCAGCAGUUCCUGAAUGAAAUGGAGGAGAAAUUUAAGAGCGAGAUUCGCGAGCUCGAGGAUCCGACGUCUGGCCACGAUGGUGAGGAGAGAAAAGCCAUCAAAGCGGAACUCCACCAGGCGAGGGAGAAAAACACGCAUUUACAAAACGACCUCGAUGGAUGCAGGGCGAACCAUACUCGACUCCGGGACGAGCUCGAGAGGCUGGAAUCUGAGGUCAGAGCUGCCGACGAGGCCGCGCGCAUAUCGUCAGAGACCGAAGAGCUUUACAAGAAACAGGCCGCGGAAGCCGAAGCUAGGGAGGAGGAACUUCGAGUUGCCAUGGAUACGGAAGAAAAGAAGCUCGUUGAAAAGCUCACCCUAUUCAAGCAAAAAUUGGAACAACUGCAGAGGUCCGAAGACGAGUCCAGUGCGCUUUUGGAAGAGGUAGGUGCCCUGAAGCGGGAAAACGCCAGACUGACAGAUCAGCUAGCGGAACAGUCCCGGAGCCUGAACGGUGCUACUAGUGACCUUCGGAGCGAGUUGGACGCGCUCAAGCAGGAAAACCGCAGGUUGAGGGACCAGGUCACUGGUAAGGCCCGAGGUGACAGAGGCAAGCCGGAGGCGGGAGAUAAAAAACGAGGUGACGACGGUACGCUCCGAGGCCGAGCGAGUAGGGAAUAGGGAGGGGCUCCGGGAGUUCUGGGACCUGGUUGAAGCGACGCGACGGGCGAUGGGCGAGCUGCAGGAGGACGUGUCCACCUUCUACUCGUACCUGGGGUUCGACGGGCGGGGGGUGAGCGCAAGCGAGGCGCUGGCGCACCUGUGGGAGCACCUGGAGAAGCAGCCAGAGGACCAGCUAGAGCUGCGGCUGGCGAGUGUGCGGGUCCUGGGGGAGAUGGCGCGGACGAGGCGGGAGCUGGCGGAUGCGCGGACGCGGGUGCACGCGCUCGAGAGCGAGCGCGACUCCCGCAAGACCGAC